UGUCGUCCUAUGCAUGUUCAUGUACCUGCAUAUGUAUGUAUAAUUAAUGAAAAGACAAAUGGUAAAUUCCAUGGAGAACAUCACGUGGUCUGAGUUGGGAAAACAAAACAUACAAGCUAAAAUUUAGGUCUGUUAGACAACAGUCAUUCCUUUUACUGCAUCCUAUUUGGUGUCGCGAACUAAAAUUCGCCAUAAAUCAUGGUGUCAUGUCAAGUUCUGCCCCCCAAGUGUUUCUAGUAACGUGACAAGCUUUUUUUCCCCUCCUUUUAGAUAUUAACGAGUGUAGUACUAACGCUCAUAAAUGUGACGCCAAUGCUUUCUGUGGUAACUUUGCGGGUUCUUACAACUGCACAUGCAGCUCUGGAUAUAUUGGAAAUGGAACAUUAUGCACUGGUAUAUAUAUUAUACUUACAUAUGCUCCCACUCUUGCGAAUGGUUACGUAAGAGAACGUUUAGUUAACGGAUUAUGGCUAAGGAAAACGAGAAGCUGACGGUAAAACAUCUGAGAGAGCUCUGGGAAAAAGAGUUUUUGCCCGUUAUUUAGUCUGGAAUUGAAUCGGUUAAAGAACAACUUCAAUCGCAUUUCAUUCAAAAUAAUUCCUAGUUUAAAAACAAAGCUAAAACAUGCUUACCUCCAUCGAUCCAUCGAUGUUAAGCUCAUCUUCGAUAAUGCACGUUUAGGGUUGUUCAGCUCCGCAAAGAUUCUCCAAAUAGUAGAUGUCGCCUUUCGAGUUGUCUUCUUGCUGUUCUUGCCAUGUUUUUAGCUAUUAUUUCGCCUAGUUCUUACUCUUGAAACGAGUGAAAUGUCCGCCAUUUUUGUUUCCACAACCAAAACAGCUCAACCUCGUCCCCAGGUCUUCUCGGUUAACGGUGCAUUAACCUGCAAAAACUCUGCAUUUUUGACGUCAUUUCCUCGCUAAACACAAAAUUCUUCCAAAUUUGGUCAUCAGUAACUGGUUAUGUAGAAUUAAACGUGUGCUUUUAGCCAAUCAGAAUCGGGGAAAUAUUUUGAAGGAAUAAUAAUACUCAUUAAACAUAUUAUUAUUAAACACAGUAUUCCUCAUUAAACAUAUUCCUACCACUAAUUUCUCUCGGUGGCUACUCUUGACCAUAAAACGAGGAGGUUUUAUCUAAAGUAAAUAGAGGAAUAAUUAUGAGAGAGCCGUUUUUUUGAACGCGAACCUGAUGACUUCCAUUUUUGAAGGAGCUUGGCAAUCUGGCUUGUUUUGACUUCGGGUUUGUUUUAAUUUUCUAGUGCCUUUUACCAGGAAUUUUACAACAAAUGGAGCCACGGGGCGACAAGGGAUUAUUCAAACAUUCAUGGUUCCGCACACUGGUGUAUAUCUGAUAAAGGCCUGGGGUGCCCGAGGAGGAACACACUCGACAAACUAUGGAUUUUAUCCUGGAACGUACCAUGGUGGUAGAGGGGCAAGGAUGCAAGGAACGUUUACCUUGAACAAAGGAACUGUACUGAAUAUUGUGGUGGGACAAAGAGGAGGAGAUUCAGUAGAGGUACAAGGAGGACAGUCCACUAACUUGACAGCAGCUCAGCUGGGAAAGUCCGUAGAGGACAAUGCUGGAACUGGGGGAGGGGGAGGCAGCUUUGUCUAUACAACAAGUAACGUGCUUUUUUUAGCUGCCGGAGGGGGAGGGGGUGCAUCUAGUGGGUAUAACGGGGUGGAUGGUCAGGCGGGUACUAGCGGCACCAGCAGCGUUGGAAGCGUUCCAGCUUAUGUUCGUAGCGGAGGAACUGGAGGGAAUCCUGGUCAGUGUAACAGUGUGGGCGCUGAUCAUCAUGGGGGAGUGGGAGCGGGAUGGUUACGUCAAGGUUGUUCCUGGGCCGGGUCCGAGCAUGGUGAAAGAGGCGGCUCACGUGCUCAGGGCUGGGUAGGUGGACGUGCUGGAAGAAAGAAUAGUGGCUACAACGGAGGGCCUCCCCCUGGGGCCGUAGGAGGGUUUGGCGGUGGCGGAGGGGGAGCCGAGGAUAAUGGUGCAUCAGGAGGAGGUGGUGGAUACUCUGGGGGUGGUAGUGGCACACACCCAAACCAAGCAGGCGGGGGAGGGGGCUCUUAUUGUAGUGGCUCGAAUUGUUCAGGGAUGAAUGGAGGUAACUCAAAUGACAGCGGACUUGUAAAAAUCCUGCAAUUGUCUGUCUAA